AUGUCGGCGCCUCCAGGCCUUACAAUGCCCUCCUCGUACCCUCCCUCCCACACCUCGUCUCCAUCCCGCCCUAUCUCGACCUACUCAACGUCCAGCCCGUUCGGCGCCAGCACGACGACACCGACGGGGGCCGGCACGAGCUCGACCCUCCGAUACCCUUCCACCCGCAAGACCAUCUACGACCGCAACCUCAACCGCAGCCGCAACGCCGAACUCUCGCGCGCCAGCUUCGCAUACCUGUUCAUGGAGAUGGUGUCGUACGCCCACCGCCGCGUCAAGGGUAUCCAGGACUUUGAAAAGAGGCUGAACGAGCAAGGGUACCCCCUGGGCCUGAAGUUGUUGGACCUGUUGCUCUACCGCACGUCACCGGCGGGGUCGUCGUCGUCAAGUUCCUCGAGCACGUCCUCGACAAGCGGCAGUGGCGCCAGCCGGCCGCUACGCCUGCUUCCCUUGCUGACGCUGCUCACGACGAAACUGUACCCCCUGCUGUUCUCGCGGCCGGCGGACUCGUUGGAGCAGUCCACGACAAACCCUGGCGAGUACAUGAUCAUAGACAACACGCCGCUGACGAACCAGUACAUCAGCGUGCCCAAGGAGAUGAGCCAGCUUAGUGUCGCGGCGUACAUUGCGGGCAUCAUCGAGGGCGUGUGCGACGGGGCCGGCUUUGAGUGCAAGGCCAGUGCGCACAAUACCGCGACCGACGUCUGGCCUAACAGGACGGUGUUUUUGAUCAAGUUCGAGGACAGCGUGCUUGAGAGAGAGAAGGAGCUGGAGAGACAGGGAAUAAAAUGA